AUGACUGAGGAUCUAGAGAACCUGAAGGACAAGAUGCCCACAGAGAGGAAGUCUGUGUGGAGAUCGGCUGAGGAGAGACGCAUGUCCGAUCUGACACGUGUGCUGGAGUGGAUGGAGCGGAGGCAGGGGAAGAAGAAGCAGGAGCAAGGACAACCUACUCAGAGAAAGGCCUCAGUCAAAGGCACCAAGAAGGAUAUGGAGCCUGCUGCCCAGGCCCAGAAGUCCUAUGUGGACAUGAAGAAGAGACGCAUCAGCUCUAUCGGUGGUAGCAGCAAUGCCAAGGAACCAGCCAGGAAAUCAGAGUUAGACAUCAAGGAUGUCAUUGCCCUUGAGAGCACUCCGCGGCCCUUCCGUCAACAGAGCGUAGUAGAACCUGUGCUUCAAGACAUUUUAUUUUCCCAGCGGAGAUCCACCCUCUUUAAAGACUGGACAGGCAAGACAUCGGAAGCACUGUAUGAGCGCAGACUCAAGAGCAUCAUUGAGAAGGCCCCUGAGGUCAAGUCAGAAGCAGUGAAAAUGCUAAAACCAGAGGAGGUGCUGAGCUGCCGGUAUCUUCGACUGUCCAAGAACAACGUGCGUACCCUGCUCAAGCUCUGCAAGGAUGCGGGCAUGAACGUGGACAUCCACCCGCACAUGGUGGAGGGCGAGAUUGAUGGGCAGAAGGUGUUUGGCCACAAACCCAGCAAUGUGGUCUGA